AUGCCGGCCGAGGUGGCGGUGCCGCCGGUCGAGGCCGCAUGCCACUACGUCCCCGGCGCCGCCUUCCGCCCGCAGUACACCACCUACGACAAGGCGCCUCGCCGGGAAGCGCGACUCGAGGCGGUGCUCGCCCGCGUCAACGCCGCCGCCACAACCUCCUGAGGCUUGCCGCGAGGUAGCGGGUGCGCGGGUUGGAGGGGCGGCGCGGGUGGAGGGAGGUAGCUCAGUGAGAGCGGGCAAUACCCGACAUACAUACUUUACGACAUAUCAUUGAUCGGGGAAUAAUAUGGGAAUAAAAACAAAA